AUGGCGAAUGCUGGGCGGCUGACCGAAGUUGCUGCGCGGACCGAUCGGCAAGGGGGUCUGAGCGCGCGCGUGGCGGCGUGGGUCGCGGGGGCGUCGAGGGGAGAUGGGCCCGGCAGGGUGCAGGCGUCGGCAUCGGCAUCGGCGUCCAUGGGGCUUGUGUUCGUGUCCGCGGAGGUGGCGCCGUGGAGCAAGACCGGGGGGCUGGGCGACGUGGUCAGCGGGCUGCCCGUGGAGCUGGCCAAGCUGGGGCACAGGGUGAUGACGAUCUCGCCGAGGUACGAUCAGUACUCAGACUGCUGGGACACGUCGGUGGAGGUGGACGUGCUGGGAGAGAAGGUUCGGUUCUUUCACGCCAGGAAGGACGGCGUCGAUCGGGUGUUCGUGGACCACCCGGUGUUCCUGGCCAAGGUGUGGGGCAAGACCGGGUCCAAACUGUACGGCAAGAAGACGGGCGCCGACUUCAGGGACAACCAGACGCGCUUCAAGCUGUUCUGCACGGCGGCCAUAGAGGCCGCCAGGGCGCUGCCCUUCGGGCCAGGGGAGGACUGCACCUUCAUCGCGAACGACUGGCAUUCUGGCCUGCUGGCGGUGCUCAUCAAGGAUGUGUACAAGCCCCGAGGAGAGUUUACUGAGUCCAAGGUGUUGUUCUGCGUACACAAUAUUGCCUUCCAGGGUCGCUUUUGGGCUGAAGAUUUCAAGGACCUCGGACUGCCUCCAUCUUCAUAUGAAAAAUUCGAGUUUGAGGAUGGGUACCCCUUCAUAUACGAUGAGGACCUUGCAGUGGACGAUGUUGAAAUGAUGGUGGAGGAUCCUGUGAAAAAAUACAAAAAGAUCAACUGGAUGAAGGCUGCGUUCCUCUCUGCAGACAAAAUCCUGACUGUCAGCCCCAACUACGCUAAGGAAAUCACAUCUGGGGAGGAUCUUGGUGUUGAAUUGGACGAGACGAUUCUCAAGGCUGGAGGUGUGGAAGGCAUCGUCAAUGGCAUGGAAGUCAGCGAAUGGAGUCCAAUGAAAGACAAGUACCUUGAUGUGAAGUUCGACAAGGACACCGUGAAGGAGGGCAAGGCUGUGGCCAAAGAGCUGCUCCAAGCCGAACUUGGUCUUCCGAUUGAUGCAGAAGUCCCCUUGCUUGGCUUUGUGGGGCGUCUUGAGGAGCAGAAAGGUGUCGACAUCAUGUUGAAGGCGACACAGAAGAUCCUGAAGGAAGAGGAUGUGCAAAUCGCUGUGCUUGGAACUGGAAAGAAGAAGUUUGAGACGCAAGUGAAGGCACUGGAGACAAAGUUCCCAGACAUGGCGAAGGGCAUCGUGAAGUUCUCUCCCAGGCUCGCCCAUUUGAUCACUGCUGGCUCUGACUACAUGCUGGUACCCUCACGCUUUGAGCCCUGUGGCCUGACUCAAUUGCAUGCCAUGCAGUAUGGGACCGUACCCAUAGUGGCAUCCACAGGAGGCCUUGUGGAUACGGUGAAGGAAAGAGUGACUGGCUUUCACAUGGGUGCCUUGGACUUGGACGACUUGGUGGAGGAUGAUGUGGAAGCCAUGGCCGAGACUGUCGCCAGGGCCGUGAAGAUCUUCCCGACGCCUGCCUUCUCCAAGAUGGUCCAGAAUUGCAUCGACCAAGACCUCUCCUGGAAGAAGCCAGCAAAGAAGUGGGAAGCGGUGAUUGAGGAAGUGAGGCAAGGGACAAAGCCCGAGACUUCGAGCAAAAAGGAAUCGGUGCAGACCCCAGCCGUGGAGCUCGCCGCUGCGGGGAAGGUGGAAGCGUGA